UAUGGAUAUACAAAAUAAUAUAUUGAUAAAUAUACAAUUGUUUAAAACCAUUUUAUAAAAUUAAAUAUAUAUCGACAAAUACAUGUUUGCGAUAUCAUCGCAUUCAUUUGUAUCGUAACCUUACUUUAUGCGCCAGGUGAAAUCUUUCAUUGUUACUCCAGACUUUUAUAAUUGUUUCAACUUUUCAAUCUAAAAAUGAGUUCCCGAGGUAAACUAGAGACAGAAAAAUUAAGAAAAAAUUUAGAAGCGCAAUUGGACAGACUAGUACAGCAAUUAGAAGAUAUAGAAGAAAAUCGGAAUUUAUUAGAUGCAGAUGCUUACGAAGAAGCUAUGCAGCUUACAAAAGAAGAUUUACAAAGUUUUAAUGAAAGUUUACAGAGAAUGAUAUCAGGAGAUACAACAUUAGUCGAUGAACUAAGUUCAAUACAAUUGGCAACACAGUCAGCAAUCAGUGAAGCAUUUAAAACUCCUGCUGUUAUUAGAAUGUUUGGUAAACGAGAAACAGCACAGCUUAGAACACGUUUAGCUCAAUUAGAUUGUGAUAUGAAACUUGGAAAACUAAGUAGAGAGGCUAGCGAUCGCCAACGCGGGGAAAUAUUAAAUGCAUUAAGACAACUUGGGGAGAAAUUGGAACCUCAAGAGCUACAAUUAUUGGAAAAAUUAAGAUUGAAUAAUAUCGAUACAACAAAUUAUGUGCAAAUAACUGAAAGUACAGAGAAAGGUCAAAUGGCCAUAGCAGUAGUAGGUGAUGAAGUUAGAACACAGAAUACUUAAAUUUUUAGUUGCUUAGAUUUUUCGUAUAAAAUAUAUAAAUUAAUGAUUCGGACGAAUUGUACGAAAAUAAGUUGUUUGUAAUAGUUAAAUUACAUAAUUUAAUUAGGGAUAACUUUUAAUAUAAAUAUAAUAAAUAAAAUAUAGGCUAUACAAGUAAAUUGUAUAACAUAUUAUUUUACAUUAAUACGUUAUUUUUUAUGAAAUAUAAACCUAAUUCGCAUUCGUUUCUAGUCAUAUUAUGCUAUUAUUGCAUAAUGUAUGUAAAAUAUGGAUAGUUUUAUUCAACCGUCAUAUUUAUAAAUUAUUUACAAAUUCAAGGAAAUAUACGUAUAUUUACGCAUAUAAUAUGAGACAUAUAAUUCUUGUAAAUAUGUAUACACACAUAUGUGAUAUAAACAUAUGAAUAAUGAGUUACGAAUAUUUGGUCUUAAUACUGAACAUCAGUGUUACAUAUUAUUUCAACAUACAGUAUUUUAAAACGAUAAAUGUAUCUUACUGGCAUUAAAUGUGAAAUUAAAAAAUCAAAAAAAUUCAA